AGAGCUCCAGUAGUCUCUUCCAUUUCCUGUUUUCACGUCAACAACAGCACACACAUGUGAGUUUACACUGCGCAUCAGUUUUUCUGUUUUACGGGGGUUGAAAAGAUAUUUAAAUGGGUAAAAAGAAAGCGGCAGGCGGUGGUCUCGGCAGGGCGCUGAUAAAAGAGAGGCUUCAGUCUGGUCGGGGGAACAGAAGAGGAGACUCAUCAUGGCUUCACACUAGUGAAAUCAAUGAUGGCUAUGACUGGGGAAGGUUGAACCUGCAGUCAGUGACAGAGCAGAGCUCUAUGGAUGAUUUCCUGGCAACUGCAGAACUUGCAGGAACAGAGUUUGUGGCUGAGAAACUCAAUAUCAAGUUUGUACCAGCAGAGGCAAGAGCAGGUUUAUUAACCUCAGAGGAGAAAACCAGGCUGAAGAAGCUACAUGAAGAACAUAAACAUUUCCUCAGAAUCCCUCGCAGACCCCACUGGGAUGAAAGUACAAGUCCAGAAGCUCUUCAGACUGCGGAGAGGGACAGUUUUUUGCAGUGGAGACGAGAACUUGCCCAACUGGAAGAGGAGCAGAAGUUAAUCCUCACCCCUUUCGAGAGGAACUUGGAGUUUUGGAGACAGCUGUGGAGGGUUAUAGAAAGGAGCGAUGUCGUAGUUCAAAUAGUGGAUGCAAGAAACCCGUUGCUGUUUAGAUGUCCUGAUCUUGAGUCAUAUGUGAAGGAGGCCUCGAAAGAUAAGGUGAACAUGCUUUUGAUCAACAAAGCAGAUCUGCUCACCAGGAAGCAGAGGAAAGUCUGGGCUAGGUAUUUUGAACAAGAAGGAUUGAAGGCAGUCUUCUGGUCUGCGUUGGCUGAAAGCAAUCGGUUAGAUGCUGAGGAAACGGGGAUAGAAACUGAGGAUGCAGAUCAUGAACCAAGUGACGAAGAAGAAGAAACACAAGAUGACUUAAAAGAAGUCAGAGAAAACAAUAAUGAGGGGGAAGUGUCCAGUGCAGAAGGGGAAGAUUGGAACGAUGUAAUUGUAAAUGAAGAGGACUGGCAGACCUGCUCAGAGGAUGAGGGGGAGGGUGAAGAACGAGCUUCUAUUUCUUCAAAUGAAUCCUCCCUCCAUAACUCGAGCCGACUAUUGCAUAAAGAUGAGCUUCUGGCUGUGUUCAAGUCUGUUCACAGUGGACAACGCUGUAAAGAAGGACAACUAACUCUGGGACUGGUUGGCUAUCCCAAUGUAGGAAAGAGUUCUACUAUAAAUACUAUACUAAGAAACAAAAAGGUUUCUGUUUCAGCUACUCCUGGUCACACUAAGCACUUUCAGACACUGUAUGUGGAGCCAGGACUCUGCCUGUGUGACUGCCCUGGUCUAGUCAUGCCUUCAUUCGUUUCCACCAAAGCAGAGAUGAUCUGCUCUGGGAUUUUACCGAUCGACCAAAUGAGGGAUCAUGUCCCUGCAGUGUCCCAAAUAUCCUUUACAAUUCCACGGCAUGUAUUUGAAGGAACGUACGGCAUUAACAUCAUCCGACCUCGAGAAGAUGAAGACCCUGACAGACCACCCACCUCUGAUGAACUGCUCACAGCUUACGGGUACAUGAGGGGCUUUAUGACUUCACAUGGCCAACCUGAUCAGCCAAGAUCAGCACGGUACAUCCUUAAAGAUUAUGUCAAUGGUAAGCUCUUAUACUGCCAUCCUCCACCAAGUGUAAAUCCUGAGGAUUUUCAGCCACAGCACAGCAACUUUCAGAAAAGAGAUCGAGACCAAAGUCACGAUUCUUCUGCUAAAAACAAUAAUCUAAAAAUUAGAAGGAUUGAAAACACAGUGGACAAGAACUUUUUCCACCAGGAAAAUGUACGAGCUUUAUCUAAAGGAGUUCAGUCUAUCAUGGGCUACAAACCAGGAAGUGGCGUUGUUGGACCUGGGCAGAUGGGGCCAGAUGUGAUGGCAGGAAAACCCUGGAAGAAACAUGGAAACAGAAAUAAAAAGGAGAAAGUACGGCGGAUCACCAAGCAUCUGGAUGCCUAAACUAAAUACAACAUUAAAAAUUUGUAAAUUUAGUUCUUAAAAACAAGCCCCUCUUGAGC